AGAGGGAGGUAAUGUUUUUGACAUGUGCUGACGUGUUGCAAACGUUUUAAAAAAGUUUAAACAAAAUUAAUAACGUAAAUUGUAAUUUGUUGUAUAUGAAAAAAGAAGAAGAAUUUUACAUAUUCUGUAGUCCGGACAGUUCCUUUUUUUUUAUCAGUUAGUGAGUAUUGUUUUGAAGGGUUUAGUCACUUCAAUUAGUCAGAUGAUUGACAUGGAAUGAAUUAUCAUCAGAAGUAGUGGAGGCCUGCACAUUAGAGGAGUUUAAGAGGGGAAGAUCUAAAUAAUUGUAUGAAAGUUGCCCUUAUUAAACAUUUCUUAUGAUUUAGAAUAUCAGAUAAUAAUUUCUUAUUACUAGAUUGGUGAUAUUUGUGCAGAUAUAUUUCUAUAAAGAAGUGAAAAUGCUCUUACUACGGAGGGGUCGACUGUUGAAAGUUAGCCUUUUAAUCAUCAUUUUGAUAUUGACUGUAGCUUUUUUCAUGCCCAAACCAAAAAGUCAAGAAGUUGAGCAACAAGAAAAAUUAAUCAAAAAAGAUACACACCUUAGCCUAAAGCAAAGACCGAUAUACAAGGAAGGAAUUCUUGGAAAUUUUGAACCAGUUCCCUCUAAUACAGUGCGAGAAGGACCUGGAGAAGGUGGGAAACCCUAUGCUGGUAGAGGAGAAGACCAGAAUGAAGUUGCCUCAGUGAUGAUGGAGUAUGGAAUGAACAUGGUGGUUAGUAAUCAAGUGACCCUUGACCGGUCUAUCCCUGAUAUUCGGCAUGAGGAAUGCCGUUACUGGCAUUAUCCAGAGAAUUUACCUAGUACAAGUGUUGUUAUUGUGUUCCAUAAUGAAGGAUGGUCAACACUACUACGAACAAUCCACAGUGUUCUAAACCGAUCUCCACCCCAGUUUUUGAAAGAAGUUGUUUUAGUUGAUGAUGACAGUGAUAAAGAGCACCUGAAAGGACAACUAGAGGAUUACAUUCGUCAGUUUAAAGGAAAAGUACGAUUGCUGCAUAACAAACAGCGUGAGGGCUUGAUCCGUUCUCGUACAUUUGGAGCACAAGAAUCAAAAGGAGAUGUGGUACUGUUUCUGGAUGCCCACUGUGAGGUGAAUACUAACUGGCUUCCACCAUUACUGGCUCCUAUAUACAUGAACAACACAGUGAUGACAGUUCCAGUGAUCGAUGGAAUCGACAAGGAUACUUUUGAAUAUCGUCCCGUGUAUCGUGGAAACACCCACUUUCGAGGGAUUUUUGAAUGGGGAAUGUUAUACAAGGAAACUGAGAUCCCUGAAGAAGAAAUGAAGGAAAGAAAAUAUUUUAGUGAACCUUACAAAUCCCCAACUCAUGCAGGAGGGUUGUUUGCCAUCAACAGAAAAUAUUUUCUAAAGAUUGGGGCUUAUGAUCCUGGAUUGUUAGUAUGGGGUGGAGAGAACUUUGAGCUAUCUUUCAAGAUUUGGCAAUGUGGAGGCAGCAUUGUAUGGGUACCAUGUUCUAGAGUAGGUCAUGUAUAUCGUGGGUUUAUGCCAUACACCUUUGGUAAACUUGCCCAGAAACGGAAAGGUCCGCUGGUUACAUUAAACUAUAAGAGGGUUGUAGAGGUGUGGAUGGAUGAAUACAAAGAAUAUUUCUACACUCGAGAACCAAUGGCACGACAGUAUGAUGCUGGUGACUUGUCUGAACAAUUUGAUCUUCGUGAGAAGCUACAGUGUAAAGACUUCAAGUGGUACAUGGACAAUGUAGCAUAUGAUGUGUUGUACAAGUUUCCAUUGUUGCCUAAAAAUUUAUACUGGGGUGAGGUACGCAGUAUGUUAACAAGUCACUGUCUGGAUACGAUGGGAUCACAACCUCCGUCUUCUGUGGGCUUGAGUCAUUGUCAUGGCUCAGGUGGAAAUCAAGUUUUCAGACUAAAUGAAGAAGGUCAACUUGGUGUUGGGGAGAGGUGUAUUGAAGGGGAUAUGCAUCACAUCAAACUUGUAUUCUGUCGCUUAGGGACUGUUGAUGGUCCUUGGCAGUAUGAUGCUAAUACGAAGAUGCUUCACCAUCGCCACCAUCAGAAGUGUCUCCAGCUCACUCCUCAGAGUAGUCAACUUCAUCUUCAGGAAUGUAAAGAAGAGGAAGGUGGACAGAAGUGGAUAUUCAGAGAACUGAAAGUCGUCUAAAAUUUGUUUAAUAAAUAUAAAUUACCAAUAAUUUAACAUUAAAGACCUUUGUACUUAUGUUUCAGAGAAAAAAAAACUGAAUUCCAUUUAACAAAUCACAAUUCUAUGUACGGUGGCAUCAAGUAAACAUUUGUACACAAACUAUUGUGGCAUGGAUAGUGAGCAUUGAGAAGGUUCGUGUAAUAAUUUUCAGUGGGGAUAUCAUUUGUAUAAGAAUAAUUAUUGAGUUUGUAAAUUUUAUUAAAAUGAAAGUCCCACAAUUAUAGGAAAUACUGAAAUCUACAAUUUGAUAUUGCCUUAAUUUUGUAUUCAGUGUUUGUUAAUCUUUUUAAUUUUUAUAAAUUGUAGAUAAUAUUUUCUUUCUUUCUUGUAAAAAGAGAAAAAAAAACGAAUAUCAAUGUGAACAAAUAUAUAUAUAGAAUGAACUUGGAAGGAUUGGCUCAAGAUCAACAUUCCGGCACACUUGCAUUUGCUUUCAUCAGAGCAGAUCUUUUUACUCUGUGUAAGUAAAAUGAUUAAAGACAUUGUAACUGAUAAAGCUUAUUUCUUUGCUAGUGUGAAAGGUUUAACAGUACCUAAAAUAAAUGUGAUGAAAUUCAUAAUAGGUGCAUUUUUUGCUUUAAAUUUAGAUUUUAUGUUUUCAACAAACUUCCAUUUCUUUAUUAAAAUUUUUUUUGAAAUAGGGUUGUUACUCUGAUGAACAGUAUUCUCUGUAAGUUUAUCUGUGUGAAUUUUAUUUACUUUUGUCUUUCAAACUUCAUUUUAUCUAAAUAAAAAAAAUUGCUGAUUCUCUUCAGGUCUGAAAGCAUGUUGCAGACAAUUUUUAGCUUGUUCUUGCAUUCAAAGGAAACUGGGUUUUGUUAUUGUUGUGGUCACGCACAAUCAUUAGUGCUUGUAAGUAAAUAACUCUACAAAUGUGUCUCAAAACAUUGAUCCUGAACCAAUCCAACCAAGGCAGUCUUGAUUAAAAGUAAUAUGUGAAGUAAUUGGUGCCUAAUAGAAUCAUAAGAGAACAAAACAAUUAUUUUUGGAAAAAAAAAAUAUUAGCUUUUUGUUUUUUAUAUAAAAAGUAUUAAUGAAGAAAUUACAUUUAUCAUCAUCUAAUCGACUGCUUGUCAAAGUGAUCUAAAGAUAUUUUUCAUAUGUGUUACAUUAAUCAGUUCAGAAUUUUUCUAAUGAUUUUAUUUAAAGUAGCAUCAAUUGUGUUAUUUUUAUUUAAUUUUAUAAUUACAUUUCAUUUUGUUCUUUAAAAUCAGACUGCACCACUUGUAUUUACGUAGCAUGAAUGUUAAAUGAGAACUGUCUUUAUUGCAGAAACUACAUAGUCACCACUGCUGUGACUUACAUAGCUUGGAUGUUUAAGCUUUCACAACACUCUUUAUUACUGAAACACUAUAAUUGCUUCUACUGUGAUUUAUAUAGCUUUGAGGUUUAAACUUUAACAAUAAUCUUUAUUACUGAAAUUUUUGUAAUAAUUUGUACUGUAAUUUACAAAGCUUGGAUGAUUUAACUUUAACAAUAAUCUUUAUUACUGAAACUCUUCUUAAUAAUUUGUACUGUGAUUUAUAUAGCUUUGAGGUUUAAACUUUGACAACACUCAUUAUUACUGAAACACUUCCUAAUCCCAUGUACUAUGUCUUUACUAGCUUGGAUAUUUAAACUAUGGCAACAAUUCUUUUUACUACAAUCCAUGUAAUUAUGUUGUGAUUCUGUUAUUCAAGUAACUAUUUAUAAUACAUUUAUUGCUGAGUUAUAACUAAUCGAAAACUGCACAUUUAAUCUUAAAUCUGGUCGAAGAGUUGUAUAAUUUGCACAAAAUUGCUCAUUCCUCAUGGAACCAUAUAGUUGAAUGAACAUAUCAUGUUGCUAACACUUUUCUUCAUAUGAGAUAAGCUGUUAAAACAACCUUUUGAUGGUAUAUGCACAUGAAUGUAUUCAGAAUAAACAAAGAAUACAUACAAUAUAACAACCCUCUGUCUGGUAUGCAUGUAUAAUAUAAAUGUAUUUAGAAUAAAGAAUACAUACAAUAAAACAACUCUUUGUCUGGUAUGUACACAUACUAUAAAUGUAUUUAGAAUAUAGAAUACAUACAAUAAAAUAAUCCUUUUUCUAGUGUGAAUGUAUACAGAGUAAACAAACAAUACACAGAAUAAAAACAGGACAAUAUUCUCACUCUAUUAUUUAAAGUAUUGUGAAUAAUAUCUGUCCAUAUGGAACCCAUAGUUACUCCAUCCAACAGUAUAUUGUUUUUUUUACCUGAUACUUUAAUAGUUUUCUUAAAUGAAACAGAGAUCUUAUGAAUUAAUAUGCUUUGUAAUAUGAUACGAAACAAACUGUAGUCAAUAUGUUGUUCAUAUUCCAUCUCCCAGACAUGAAAUGACAAAAGAAACUUUGUUUUUAUAUGUAAACUUGACUCUACAGAAACAUCCUUACCUGUGCAUAUACUUCUGUAGACAUUUUAAGAGAUUUGUAGUUUUUUUGUUUUUUUGAACGAAUGUAUUGAGGGCAGAUAGUUAUGUCUCUGUAGAGAGAUGUACUAUUUUUCUAUCAUCUCUUCUUUCUUUUUUUCUUCUUCUUCCAAGCACUUUUCAAUUCACUGCCAUUCCUUCAUUUCACAAUGGAUUAGUUUGAAACUUGUUAGGGCUAUACCUUAGUCCAAUAUGCCCAGAAACCUUUUUAAUUUUUUGAUUUAGGCAUUUUUUUAAGGAUAUUAUGGGAUCAAAGGUCAAACAACCCAAAGAUAUGGUUUGUAUAACUAAGAACCUUGAAGUUCUGUGGUUUCAUAUUCCCCAAGUUUAUUCUUAAUUAGCUACCUAAUAUAUAUUUUUUUUUCAUAUAGUACUUAUCUAUUUCUUCAUGUAAUACAGAAUUUAUCACAUCUCAAACCACUGGCAAAUUUGAGUUUUUUAAAGGUUUUAAAGAUAUAAUGGUAAUAUUUUUAUACAGUAUUUUACUUUGGUAGUUACCUUUGUUGUUAUUUACUGUUCUUGAUAUACUACUCUUUUUUUUUUAAUCAUAUGUUCUAAGCCAAAUGCCCCCUGGUGACUCAGAGGUAAGUUUAAAAGUUGAUUUUCAAUAACAGUGGUGAACAGAGCACACUGGUCCAUUGUGUAUCUUUAUGUUUAACAACAAACAAAUCCAAGCUUAAUGUUUUCUGGUGUUUCAAUGGUAAGCUCGAGAGCCUGUAAUGCUAAACAUUGUGGUUUUAUACCCAUAGUAAGCACAACAUAGAUAGCAUUGUGUGGCUUUGCAUUUAAAAACAAUCAAACCUUUCAACUUAAAUUUGGACAAAUGAAUUGAAUAUCUGCCUGCAGGUAAACAUAGUGACAAUACAAAGUGUAAUAUUAAAAAGUGCAAGCAAAUCCUUUCCACAUGCUAUAAGCACUACUGGUUUCAAUUCUUCAAAAUAAAGGAGAUAAUCAAUUUAAACCCCUGGUGACCAAUAUUUUAAAGUCCAUUUCUUAGUCUACUCUGUUAGCAUAACUUCAGUUGAGCAUGGAGAGUAAUGCAGCGGUAAUUGACCCCAAAACACAGCUUUGUGUAGAUUCCAGAUCUUGUAAUACGGUGUUGGUUGAAUAAAGCACAGCCUCGUGUAGAUUGUAGAACUUAUAAUACGGAUUUUAGCAUAAUGAUUUUAUUUUGACUGGCAAAAGAGUUUAUAACAUGCUGGUUAUCUAGUGUAAUUUACCAGCAAUAACAAAAAUUAUCUGUCCUUUUUUUCUAGUGAAAAACUGGGGAAAAGGCAAAAAUAACUUAAUUAAAUAUUUUCUAAAGUUCUAAAUUUUUUUGAACAUUAGGAUUAAAGAUAACUUGGUUUCCAAUGAAUAUGUUUGUGCUUUCUAACGUUGGUAUGUUUUUAACCAAAAAAUAGCUCUUGCCUCUUAUGAAUUACAUUGAAAGCAGACUUGUGCAUGUCAACAAAAAAAAAACAGGUAAAUCUUAUAAUUUUGGAAAUUACAGUUAAAUGAUAUUAAGCUUUCACAGCAUAGCCAAAUGAAAAUUUGAAUAAUCUAGAAGAAGUAAAAAAUAAUUUUGAAAAGUAGCAGUUUUCUGUUGAAAUAAUUUACAUUUGGUAUUUGAAGUAACAUGAAUUGUUGGACCUCUUACUUCUUUAUACUUAUGUUUUAUAGCAUUUAAAAUACAAUUUUAACAAAUCAGAAUGAACCUAGAUGUUAUGUGUACUAUUUACUUUUAUUUAUUUUUACACGAUAUAUUGAAUUGUAAAUGCUUGAAAAGAAACUUUUAUAAUUUAUAGCAUCAAAUCCCACAAACAAAAUACUAUAUUAUGUUUAUAUUUUUCUUGCUUAAGCUACAUACAUAAAGCUUUUCAAUUAAAAAUGAUUUCAUGUAAAGUUUAGUUUUAAUUGAUAAUGUGCCAAUUGACAACUGUUAUUUCGAAUUCUUUAAUGUCAUAUUAGUUUCAAAGUCUGAAGAGUAUAAAAUUAUGGGUAUAGAUUUUUAAGUAACAUUCCUUUUUUCAAUUUAAAAGUAUUUAGACAGAGAAAAAAAUAUUUUAAAAUUAAUUCUUGGUCAUAAAUUAUAUAGACCAAAUAAAUGCAUUUACCUCAUCAUGGCAUUUUAAAUUGGGUAUAGUACUAGAUUAUUUCAUGAGAAUAAAAUCACAAUUGUAACAAAUGUUGUGUUAGCUAGGUUUUUAUUCCACCUGCUGUUCAGUAAUUGGUAGCAUGAGUAUGUACAAAGUUCUUCAUAUAUUCACUGUAAUUUGAAUGUUAUGUUUUACCUGUUUAGUAAAACAUCCAAGACUGAAUACUGUAAAUGUUACAGUAUCAAACUUUUAUAAUUUAACCAUUUUAAGGCUCUUGCACAUUCCUUAAAAUUACAUAUGGAGUUGUAUUUGAUUGUUUUGGAGGAUUUGCCAAUUUAGGAUUGCAAGUGCUUGUACUGAUCUCUAAAAUUUAAAUGUUUGUAUAUGAUGUGUAGGGAUCCCUUCCUUAUGUUAUGUAGGUGUUAUGGUCUGAAAUUUUUAAUAGUAUGGGAAGUUUCUAUAUGUUUUAUGUCCAAAAGGAUUAUUGACAAACCAAAAUUUCUAUUACGUUUUCUUUCUUGAAUCAAAUUUCUUAUAUUGUUUGAGAAUCAUUAACCAUGAUAAGUUUUUAGUUAUAGAAUAAGCUCUUUUAAAAAUAUUUCACAUUAUACUCACUUCUGAUGGUAAAAAUGUAGGAUGACAUACAAUUUUGAAUAUAUAGUUAGAAUUCCUUUAUAUAUUUAUAUGAAACAGUUAAUAUGUACCUUUUUUUUGUAUGUGCUCAAACUUGUGUACUAUCUCACUAAGUAAAUAAAAUCUGUUUAAAUAAAGGACUGUUAGUCUGUGAAGUUAAAAAUCAUACUGAUCCUGUGAUAAAAGUAUUUUCUGUAAGGCAACUGCUAUUAUCAUUUGGAUCCAUGCAAAUUGUGUUAGAGAUGUCUUCAAAACGUUUUGCCCAUUUCACUGACAUAUGCAAGUAAGGUAUAUUUUCUAAGUAUCUUUCAUUAGAAACUGUUAAUGUUAGGGUGAGAAAAAAUAUAGUUUGUACCUUUGAAUUUUUUUCUGUAACAUGUGAGAUCUGUUAUGAGUGUUUCUGUAGUAUCCAUUGUAGAAGUUUUAUUCUCAAAAUAUUUUGUGUGUGUGUGUAUGGAAGCUGAUUGGUUUUAUUAAUAAUGUAUUUUGAAUUUGAAGAACAAGGAAUAGUUGUUAAAUGUAAAAGAUUUUAUUUUUAUCUUGAUAAGGUAUUCUGCCAUCUGAAAAAAGUACAUUGAAUUUCUUUCCUUGUAUAUGAGCCACAUUUUUUCAUACCUUGUUUUAAUGUAAAAUUUUUCUAAUUAAUAUCAAGAAUAACUGAGGGGCAAUUUUGUGUAAACUGCUUAAUGAAGAUGUAACUUUUCAACUGCUUUAAAACAAUUCCAAAAGUUGAUGUCUAAUUUUCCAUGGAAUGAUAUUGCCUCAAGUUCUGGGAUCUUGAUAUCAAGUGAAAGUUAAUUUUUUGUAAAGAAACCAGUGUAAUAUGAUUUUAUAUAAAUUUUUUUCUUUUUUAUAAGAGCUGUAUAAUAAGCACAAAACAUUAUAGAAGUAUGUUUCUCCAAAAUAGAUUUCAUUCACCAAUGCAGACUUAAAUAAGUAAUUCUUAGCAAAAUCCUUUGGAACUGACUUGUUUGUUGUAUUUUGCUUAAAAUAGUUUUUGUCUUACAGUGUUUUUGAAAACUUUGGAUUUGUUUAUCAUAUGAAGGUAUUUGUUUAAAAUUUAACCACUGAAGCAUUUUUUUAAUAUGGCAAGUUUACUUUUAGCAAAUUAGUUCUAAGUUUAAAAUAAAAUAAAAAAUUGUGUAUUUUAUUCAAGUGUUACAAUGAGGAGUAUAUGAAGCUUACCCUUUUUAAACUAGUGCAGGUGAUCUACUGUUUUUUUUUGUGACUAAUUUACUUUUUAUUAUUUUAAUUUUAAACAAUUUUCAUGUAUAGUGUGAGGAAUAUUCAAAUCAGAUGAGUUUGGUAUUUUUCUAAAAUGAUGUUGGAUAACAUUUUUUAUAAGAAUUUUCCAAAAUAAGUACAUUCAAAGCCUCUGGUGAAACAGAUUUACUGGUACUUUAAUACCUUUCCAUGCCUACUGAAUUUGAUUUGAUUCUAACUUUCAAUUACAUUUUAUUUCAUAUAUAAAAAUAAUUUUAAUAAUAGGAUUCAGUCAAGAUUGACACUAAGUGUGUACAAACAAGAUCUGGUUUUGGCAUCUUUUUUUUUCUUCUUCUUGCAUGGGUGUAUUAUAGUGUGUUUCAGUGUUUUUAUUGUAACAUUUAAAUAAAUCUAAUUAUAUACAUGUACAGUUUUUUUUUCUUUUCUGAAAAAAAUUUAUAAUCCAGUUUAUGAACUGGCCUGAUUAUAAUAAUCAAGAAUUUUUAACUCAUCAUAUAUUUAAACUGAAAUGUUAAAAAUGAGAGGAAAAAGCAACAAAUAAAAAAAAAUAUAGAUGUUUAGUGACAAACUAAUUUCUUUUUUAGCAGCAGUACACAGAGUUUUGAUAUGUUGAUUUUGUAAAAUCAAGUAAGAAUUGUAUUUACAUUUGACAUCUUUGUCAGUACUAUGUCCAGUAAUAAUUUAUAGAAGUUUGUGUAUUUGGAUCAGUAUAUUGUAAUAAAUUUCAGUUUUCCUUGUGUAA